ACCCCCCGCCAUAACUUCCUCCAAAACAAACAAACGACCCGUCUAUGUUCAAAUCUUUCUGGGAAUUGGUCCGAUGAGAUGAGGUCUCCCUCACUUGAGAUCUAAAUCUUCGAAUCAACAACACUGUGAUUCAGUGGUAUCCUAAGAUAGCUCAUCAAUUUCCCCACCCGCUUAUUCUGGAAACUAAUUUACAAUUUCUCAUCCUCAACUCCUGAGAUUCUAUUGGUAUAAUUCUCAUUUAGUUUCAUCCGAGUAAACCCUUCAAUGCCCCCGCCGGAUAAACCUCCCCGCCGCUUCUCGUUCCUCGGCAUCACUGCAGGUCUUGGAGGAGGAGGAGGAGGUGGCCGCGGGGAAAAAAGCAAGGGAAACACCGCCGAUCUGCCGCUUCCGCAGCUGAAGCUGGAGCUGGACAGAGAAGUGUAUAGGCCUGGCGAUCCGGUGACUAUAACUGUUGAAAUCACGAACCGCGCUUCUUCGUGCUCGCUUCUGAUCGAGAGGCUCAGUUUUGAAAUAAAAGGGAUUGAGAAAUUGGAUACUCAGUGGUUCUCCACUGCUAAAUCGUCUCCCGACUCUAAGCAGCGCAGGGGUGAGUUUGUUUUCAUGGAUUACUUGACUCCUGCUUUAGUAUCAAAUAAAGGUGUUGCCUAUGAUGAAACCAAAAAAUUUGUAGUGCGAACUAUUUUGCCAAGCAUCAUACCACCAUCAUAUAGAGGUGCUACCAUCCGUUAUUUGUAUUAUGUUAGAAGCACAUUACGCGGACAGUAUUUGAUAGUAGAGGAUGGACGCUUCAGUGAAGAAUCAAUAAGAGAACUUCCCGAGCAGGAAAGCCGAAUACCAUUGCAGAUAUGGGUGACUCAGAAUGGUAAUGGCUUGCAAAAUGAUGAUAGCGAAACAGAUGGAAUUGUUCCUACCACACCAAUCAUGUUGGAUGUUUACUGGAAAGAGAUGGAUGGUGAUUCCGAUUGGGCCAAAGUUAAUGAACCAUUUGAUGGUAUUGAGGACGAUUGUGAGAGUUCAAGGGAUGAAGUUUCGUCUAUUUCUUCAUAUAAUACUAUGAAGGAAAAUAUACACACAACUUUUGGAAGUUCAUUGUCAUUGCAGUCUUCUACUGCAAGAUCUUCACGCAAAGACCUUUCACUCCUUGAAGGGCACACUACUAGAAUACCUUCUCAUAUGGAACUUCCUCAAUUAUCUGUAGCUGAGAUUUCAUUUGAUUCAUGUGCUGCAGAUGUUUUGUCCCCAAGUAAGAAAGGGACUGUUGUCUCUCCAAGCCUUCGGCUGAAACAGGCAAAACCAUUUUCCCCAGAAGAUGAAUCAACAUCAUCGCCUUCUGUUUCCGGAACUGGUGAAUCUGGAGCAUCAGAAGGGUUCAUUAGAGGAAGAUCUUAUAACAUAAGGCUUGAUGAUCAAGUGCUUUUAAGAUUUUCUCCAAAAAACUCUGAAUCAACUUACUAUUUCAGUGAUAUGAUUGGUGGAACCCUUACUUUCUUUCAUGAAGAAGGCACCAGAAGAUGUCUUGAGCUCUUCAUAACACUGGAGAUGACCGAGACUAUAAGCAGACGCUUUAUCCAUCCUUCAAGAAGACAUGCUCCCUCUAUUACUAAGGUUUACAGUGAUCAUUAUGAAGUUGUUGCAGACUUGUUGCAAACAAGCUUUUUGUUCUCCAUUCCUAUCGAUGGGCCCAUGUCUUUUUCUACACGACACGCCUCUGUGCACUGGGCUCUUCGGUUCGAAUUCUUCACCAGUCCUAAGAAUGUGGACUGGACUAGGUAUGAGCAUCCUCUUCUGAUAGAAAAGAGAGAGAAAUGUGAGUGGGUUCUUCCGAUCACUGUGUAUGCACCUCCUGAUAGUACUUCAGCAAUUCAGGCGGCCCAAAAUGACAAGUCCUCUUUCUCUUUAGAGGAACCCUUAUGGAUACGCACGUAAUGUGGUUACAACUUGCACCCAACUUUAUACUCAAGGAGUUUAUAGAUGUGAUACGUCUGAUGGUGUGCUGAUGAUAUUAUACUUUUUAUUGUGGUUGGUUCUUCAUGACCUGAUGACAAUCGUGUAGCUGAGCUUCAGUGCACUACAUCAUGUGCAGCAGAUGUAUCGUAUUGCUUUGGGGAUGUGUUUUGUUGGAAAAGGCGAGCCAGCUUUCGGAGAUGUAAUGGCAGAAACGGUCAGAUGCAUUGAGGCAUUCUGCUUCAUUUCAGUCCUUUUUACUCGGCAUGUAUUCAGUGUCUCUUUUCGUGUGUUCCUCACUUCCUCUAAUGUCUAGAGAGAAAAUCUAUUUUUGUUCCUUUCUUCUCUUUGGUUCUGUUCUCUAUCUGAUGAUUCUGAUUUCCGAUCCCUUUUCAGUUUGUGUUCAUACAUUGAUUUAAGCCCCUCCGUUCAUUCACAUCUAAUAAUUCGUUGUAAUCAUAUAGCAGCUAUCCUUGAUUCAUUCUUAUUAUUAUCCUCAUUAAUAAUUUAAUAGUGUACCUUUUCCCGG